AUGAUACUAUUAGUACUUCUUACAAUUUUGAAUACAGUACAGUGUUUGAUUGAUGAAACAAAAAUCAACCAAUUUCAAAGAAGUUUAGAAUGUCCUUCUUGUACAGAAGCUGCAAACUAUUUAAUCCGUCAUUGUGGACAAAUCCCCUCCAGUUCAGAAUACUUCCAAAGCUAUUUUGAAUGUGUAUGUGAAUUAGAUAAAGGGUUUUUCAUGAUGUUUGAACGUUGUAUUGAUGAAUGUGAUUCAUUUGAUUUUCUUCAUAUUGACAGUAACAGUUCUACUGAUUUGCAUAAUCAUUAUUGUGAUGUUGCUGAGAAAAUCUCCGAAGGACUGGUAACUUUGUUACACACCACGAACCAUGGUUCGAUUGAAGUAUAUGCAACAGAAACUUAUGCUACAUCUGAAUACUAUGGCACGAAUACCGAAGAGUGUGUUGGAGAAACUGCAAACGGUGAGGCGCCCGCCAUAACUGGAACCGACUCACGUUUUGUUUUCCUACGUCCCAGAAUACAUUUUCCACACAGAAGGACUAAACGCACUUGCAGAACCAUUGCUCGAAAUUGCGUUGGAACUAUUAAAGCAAACUUGAUACUUUUAGCUGCCGUAUAUUUGAUUUAA